AUGAUUCGAGAUCCGUUCAACCUCCACCGAAACAUAAACACUUUUAAUCGACCGCCAACUCGAAAUAUUCCUUCGCCAUCGCGGGUCGAGGCUGAUGAAGUAGCUAUGGCCUUCUCUAUGCCCCGAACCGCUCCGGACUUCAAUAGCCGUCAAAGAGAGCUCGAAGACAAAUUCUGGGGUUCUGGACAGAGAUCUGGCAAGUCAGAUCGAUUACCGAUGUACAAAGACAAACCCUACGCGUCGCCAUACGACGACGAGGACCGGCCAUGGUGGAAACGUAAGAAGGUGCUGGGCAUCAUUGCCCUCGUCUUUACGUUACUAUACUGGUUCGGAUCUUCCUCCAAGUCACCUAAGAAGAGAACCGUAACGACCGACUGGAGCUUUGCAGGCUUGUCCAAACAUGAUAAGAAGGUGGAUUGGGAUCACAGAAGAGACCGCGUGGUGGAAGCAUUCGAGUUGAGCUGGGAUGCUUACAGGCGUCAUGCUUGGGGAUCCGACGAAUUUCACCCUAUCACCAAGACAGGCGAGAACAUGGCACCAAAAGGGCUCGGUUGGAUCAUCAUUGACUCACUGGACACCAUGAUCCUGAUGAACUUGACAUCUCGCCUUCAAGACGCCCGCCAAUGGAUCUCGGAGUCUUUGACGUGGGAUCAAGAUCAAGAUGUGAACACCUUCGAAACCACCAUUCGCAUGAUGGGCGGUCUUCUCAGCGCACACUACCUAUCCACCGAGUUUCCAGGUCUUGCUCCACUCGCGGAGGAUGACGAGGGAGCCAUUGGGGAGGACUUGUAUCUGGAGAAGGCCAAAGAUCUAGCUGAUCGUCUCAUGAGCGCUUUCGAAUCCCCUUCUGGUAUCCCCUAUGCAAGCGUCAAUCUUCAAAAAUUCCAGGGUAUCGAAUCGCACGCCGAUAACGGGGCGUCGUCGACCGCCGAAGCUACAACCCUCCAACUCGAGUUCAAGUACCUUGCAAAACUCACGGGAGAGAAGGACUUUUGGGAUAGAGUUGAAAAGGUCAUGAAGGUUGUCGAUGACCAGGGGGCCGAAGACGGCUUGGUUCCCAUCUUCAUCUAUGCGAGCACAGGAAAGUUCAAGGACGAAAACAUCCGACUCGGGAGCCGUGGCGACUCAUACUACGAAUAUCUUAUUAAGCAGUAUCUCCAAACGAACAAGAAGGAGCCUAUUUAUAGAGAUAUGUGGUACGACGCCCUUGAGGGUGUCCGCAAGCACCUUGUCACCUACACGUCGAAACAGAAGUUCACCAUCAUCGGAGAGCGACCUAAUGGGUUGAGCAAUGCCCUUAGCCCCAAGAUGGAUCAUCUUGUAUGCUUCAUGCCCGGAACAAUGGCAUUGGCGGCCACAGAGGGUCUCACGGAGGCCGAGGCACGCAAGCUCCCUACGUGGUCAAAGAAGAACGAAGAAGACAUGAAAUUGGCGCGUGAGUUAACGGAGACAUGCUGGGGCAUGUACAAAUACAUGGCAACUGGGCUGGCAGCCGAAAUUACCUAUUUUGAAAUUGAUGAUAAACCACCGGCUUAUGGCAACCCUCGCCAGGGGCCAGCCAACUUUGAACCAAGCCCAGAGGCGGAAUGGCGUAAAGAUUUCACUGUCAAGUCUGGCGAUGUUCACAAUCUCCAACGACCAGAGACAGUUGAAAGUCUGUUCUACAUGUGGAGAAUUACCAACGAUAACCAAUACCGUGAAUGGGGCUGGGAAAUGUUCAAAUCUUUCAUGAACCACACAGCUGUGAGGAACGGAGGAGGUUUUACGAGCUUGCGCAACGCCAAUGUCGUGCCACCCAAGGUGCGCGACAAUAUGGAAAGCUUUUGGUUGGCCGAAACGCUCAAGUACUUUUACCUCUUGUUCUCACCCCCGGAUCUCCUGCCUCUGGACAAGGUUGUUAUCAAUACUGAAGGACACCCGCUGCCUCGGUUUGAUAUGGGACAUCUGUUUACGACUGGAUGGCAAAGACAGCCAAGGGAUGCCAGUGGUAAGAUUGCCAAGAUGGUCAAAAUUGAUGGCGAUGUGAAGGAGGCGGUCAUGCAGGAUACCAAAAAGGUGACUUAGUGGAUUCGAGCACUCAAUGUCGUAUCUGCGUGGAUUGAAUGGGGCAUGAAUAAGCUUAAACAGCAAGCCGAAGUGCAUCUUGACUGGACCAUGUGGGUAUACAGCAUUCAUUAUUUCAUCAUGCUUUGGCAUGAUAGACAGUAGA